GAAGAAGCGAGAGAGUUGGGAGAAAUAACGAAAAUCGGAGUUUUGGAGAGCCGGGAUGGCUGCAGACUGACUGAAGACGUAUCCAGGUGGAGAGGUGACUCAGGUCGUGUCGCGUGGGCCUUUUGGAACCCGCAAGGCCCGUUCACGCACCAGAGGACAUUAUCCACGCGUGUUCCUGGACUUUGGGAAUAUGGUUUCUCUCCUUUCUAUUCUGAUUUUAAGAAUCUGACUUUUUCUUGAGAUCUUCUUAUUUCAUUGAAGUUUAAUUUAGCUGAGUAAGACUGCUCUAAACGUAUUUUUAGUAAGUUUUUUUAUCUUUCCGGUUGUGAUUUGAGUGGAUUCGGAAUCCUUGUGAACAAUAGGAUAGUGACUCAGCUGGCCGGGCCUCCGCUCUGCGGACAACAUGAACUCGUUUGUGGAGUACUCCAUCUGUAACCGACCAGCGUCCGGUUCUUAUUCUGCACCCAAGCCUGGAUACCACCAUCAUCUGCAUCAUCACCACGCUGCCCUGGAUCAGCACCAUGCCCCCAGCUCGCUCCACACGGGCUUCAGCGGAUCCUCUCUUGCGGGUAACGGACCCGGUGGGGACAGCGGUUACAUCACAGAUGGGGGGGUGUACGGGAACACCGGAGCGGACACCGGAGGGACGCACGAGUCCAGACUAACAAGUCAGCACCAUCAGUCGAAUCAUUUUGAGCAGCAUCAGCACCCAUCCAGCGGCUUCCACCCCCUCCCUGGCCUUCAGCAGAACCAGAGCGCACAGAGUGGGUUACUGUCUCCUUACACCAACGGCAGGUCCGGGACCUCCGGGGGCUAUGCGGGCCAGGCGUGCGCUACGAACACUGAUUAUGUUUCCGUUAUGGGACCUCCCAAUUCUAUCCAACCGCAGUAUUUCAUGGAUGAGUCUGUGCCCUCCACCUACUACCAUCAACCGGCCUUCCCCAGCUCGGCUCCUGCUGCUGGCGCCUGCUACAGCGCCCUCCCAGAGGCCUACUGCGGCCCUCAGGGCGCUCUCAGCAGCUCCCAGUACUCGCAGCACAUCGGAGGGGGUCUGGACGCAGUGGGCUUCUUGGGACUCCCACACACCGGAGGAUACGGAGAGCUUCCGGUGUCCCGGGACCGAGAGAGGGGGCACGAGGAGAACCAGAGCGGACAGGGGCAGACCUUUGACUGGAUGAAGGUGAAGAGGAACCCACCAAAGACAGCCAAAGCGUCGGACUUCGGCCUGACGGGCGCGCACAACAACGCCAUGCGCACCAACUUCAGCACGCGGCAGCUGACGGAGCUGGAGAAGGAGUUUCACUUCAGCAAGUACCUGACGCGCGCGCGGCGCGUGGAGAUAGCCGCCACGCUGGAGCUGAACGAGACCCAGGUAAAGAUCUGGUUCCAGAACAGACGCAUGAAGCAGAAGAAACGUGAGCGCGAGGGCGCGUCCUCCAAUCCGCGCUCCUCCUCCGAUGCUGGCUGCGGCUUCACCAAGGAGCUGGAGGACACGGACCACUCUUCUGUGUCCACGUCUCCAGGCGCGUCCCCAACCUCAGAGACGUAGUCCGAACCUCAGACCUUUGGGGGUUCCUUAAAACGCUGCCUUGAUGGGACUUUUGAGGGUUACGUCUUUUACAACCCAGAACAAAUGAUUAUUUUCUUAUAGUAGUACUAAUAUUCAUCAUUUCUCCUAAUGACACGAGAACGGUCAACAGAAAAAUCUGGCUGCUGAAGAUGAGGAUGUUCUUUAAGAGGCAGCCGGGUAUGCAGACUUUAUGAAACCUGAAUUCUCUUUGUUUGCUUUCAUCAGUUGAGUGUGUGUGUGUGUGUGUGUGUGUGUGUGUGUGUGUGUGUUUGUGUGUGUGAGUGUGUGUGUGUGUGUGUGUGUGUGUCUGUGUGAGAGAGAGAACUGAGGGGUGGGAUUUUAUAUUUAAAUAUUUUGUGUUGUUUUAGAAUAAAUUAUUGUGUUUUCGGAGCUCACGCCACCAUCUGAAGGGCCUUCACCAAACAUGAAGGACUCUGGUUUCAGGAAGGCAGUAAAAUUAAGUGUGGAUCACAUACUAAACCACUUUGCCUUCGUUAUAAAUCAAAUUACUCCAUUUUGUUUUUUUAAGACAAACGUUUUGCUGGUAGUAGAAACUUUCAGCAGGUGUGAGAUAAACAUCUUUCUUAUUGAGUAACUGAACCGGUGGUUUUUACAACAGCAGACCAUCUGUGUUUGAUCGAUUCUGUUGCCUUAAAGAGAGUCUGUGUGCCUAAAUCUACUUCAAAUAAAGGUGCUUCUUGUUUUUCUA